CCUAUAUCCACCACCAGCGAUGCCUGCCCCUACCGAGUUCUUGGAGUACGUCGACCGAAACGCCAGCGGCUUCAUCAACCGCCUCAAAGAGGCCGUCGAGAUUAAGAGUGUUAGCAGCGAUGUCUCGCGCCGCCCCGACGUGAUCAAGAUGGGCGAGUGGCUCGAGAAGCAGCUCCAAGCGCUCGGCGUCACCACCAAGCAGGUCGAUCUCGGCAAACACGAGAUGUCCGGCCACACGCUGCAGCUCCCGCCUGCGAUCCUGGGCAAGAUCGGCGAGGACAAGUCCAAGAAGACGGUGCUCAUAUACGGGCACUACGAUGUUCAGCCCGCCAAGCUCUCGGACGGCUGGAACCAGGAGCCCUUCGAGUUCGUCGAGAAGGAUGGUCUCCUGCUCGGCCGCGGCUCUACCGACGAUAAGGGCCCUAUCAUGGGCUGGAUCAAUGUCCUCGAGGCCCAUCAAAAGCUCGGCAAGCCGCUGCCCGUCAACCUCAAGUUCGUCUUCGAGGGCAUGGAGGAGUACGGCUCGGAGGGCCUCGACGAGCUCGUCAUCCGCGAGGCCCAGCCAGGAGGCUGGAUUCACGGCGUCGAUUGUGUGUGCAUCUCAGACAAUUACUGGCUUAACACUCGCACACCCGCACUGACCUAUGGUCUCCGCGGGAUCGACUACUACGGUAUCACGAUCACUGGCCCUGGCCAGGAUCUCCACUCGGGUCUCUUUGGACGCACCGUGCAUGAGCCGAUGACGGACCUCAUCAAGCUCAUGGGCUCACUUGUGGAUGUGAAUGGUGGCAUCAAGGUCCCUGGCGUCGAGGAGCUCGUCCCUCCGCCGACCGAAGAGGAACUACAACUCUAUCACAAGAUGGACUACGAGACGGCCGAUAUCGAGGCUGCUGCUGGUGGGCCUGUCGCGCUCUCACAGAACAAGAUCGACGUCCUUAUGGGCCGUAUGCGCUACCCCUCGCUCUCGCUGCACGGCAUCGAAGGCGCGUUCUCCGACCCGGGCGCUAAGACCGUCAUCCCCGCCAAGGUCACCGGCAAAUUCUCCAUCCGCCUUGUCCCACCACAAACCCCCGCCCAGGUCGAGCCGCUCGUGCGCGCCUACGUCGAACAGCAGUUCGCCGCGCUCAACUCGCGCAACAAGAUGACAUUCGGCUCGCUGCACUCAGGCUCACCCUGGGUCGCGGACAUCAACCACUGGAACUUCCGCGCGGCGCACAAGGCCGUCAAGGCCGUGUGGGGCAUCGACCCGGACUACACGCGCGAGGGCGGGAGCAUUCCCGUCACGCUCACGUUCGCGGAGAGCUUGGGCGUCAAUGUGCUGUUGUUGCCGAUGGGGAGGGCGGAUGAUGGUGCUCAUUCGACGAACGAGAAGUUGGAUAGGUCGAAUUACAUCGAAGGGACAAAGAUGCUCGGCGCAUACCUGUACGAAGUCGCUGCUGAGUCUUCUGCAUGAGGCUCGCUGUAGGACAAUAAGGAAGAAAAAGAAAUUAUGGGCGAUGUGUACACGUGUAUCAAUACUACCGGGCUGUCAAAUUCAGACGUUGCCUUGGAUGACCAUUCAUUUUCCAUGCGCU